CAAAACACUUAUUUACAAUAAAAAUGGUGGAAAUCGAUUAAAACGCUCUGGGAGCAAAAAAAGAGCAUGCCAAAGUAAAAGUUGCAGAUUCUGACUUCCUGAGUUUUGAUUUAACUACUGUCGAUUGAAAAAAUUUUCACCAUGGUUCGUGAACUAAAUAUGGAUACUCAAAGACAAAAUUUCUGGAAAGAAUCAAUUCAUAAAGAGGCUACAGUUAGAUUGGCUUGGCACAUGCGUUUUUCGAAAGAGUUUGCAAACAAAACAUUUCAACCUUUGCGAAAAAAAGAAAAAAGCUUGGUUCCAAAAGCCACAAGAGUAAAUAUUGAGACAGCUAGGAAAAUCAAAAGCAAACCACAUAACAGCUCUUUGACAGAUGAAGACAAAUCUUCAGCACUCCUAGUUGAAAUGCGACCAGUGUCUUCGCAAACUCGUAAGUUACUUUACAAGGGUUUCAGCGCUCUUGGUGAGGGAAGAUAUGCUUAUCUACAAGAGAGAAAACAAAAGAAGCCUGAACAAAAGUAUGAGUUUCCUGUAACUUCAGGCUGGGAGUAUGGAUGGAAAAUAACUGAAGCAAUGAAAACAUCUGCCACAAAACCGGCGGAAUUUGGAAGGACCAGGAUUGUUAGGGAUUCGUUUUAUCGCAGUAAUGGCGUCGUUCCACAUGAUGGCAUAAUAUCUUCUUUCCAAUAAAAUCCAUAAAGCAUCCUAAUUUGUAUUCUUUUUCUUUCAAUUUAACCAAACUAUUGCUAAAAUUUGGAUGAUUUAACUAUGGGUUAAUAUUUAAGCUUUUCUUAUUUUUCCACUCUACAAAGAAUUUCUAAAAUAUUUUUUCUAUGUCAGAAAAAAGUAAGGAAUACCAACUUCAUUAAAUAUUUCAGAAAUUUUAGGGUUUUGUCACUGAAAACUAUUUUCAUUUUUCAAUAAUAGCCACAAAUUUUUUGAAAUAUCAAGAAUUGUAUUAGUCAAAAAAUGUGAGGAGAUUGUCAGGAAAAAAUUGAGUGGGCACCCUGCUAUGAAGCAUGUUCUAGUUUUCAGUUAAAAUAUUGCUAUGCAAAUGUCAAUAUUUUAUUUUUAUUUCUUCAUUUUUUUAACACUAUGCAACCUUAUCCAAAAAAUUAUUUGGAAGUAAUUAGAAUAAUGCACACAUUUUUAAAGAUGUUUUGCCUUUUGCUACAACCUGAUCCGUGUUUUUAAUAUUUGUUUCCAAAAAACCUUGUUAUUAACUAUUUAAAUUUUUUCAAAAAAAAUUUCUCUGAAAAUUUUUCAUACUAAUUUUUUUUAUCUUUAAAGGGAAUAUAGCAUGUUUUAUGACUUUGAGAAGUGGCUUAUAAUUAAAAAAAAUAUUUUUUCACACCAUAUUCCCUUUAAAGUUGUUUGUACUGACUAAAAAAAGAUGACAUUAAGUAAGAAGUGACUAGAUUUUAGCACAGUAACUAAUAAUUUUCACAGAUACUUUAAUAUAUAUAUUGACUUUUUCUAAUUAUUUUACAGACAAAUAAGAAUUUUUUUGCUUUAAAAAGAACUGUCAUCUUUUUAAUCCUUCCCAAUAUCAGUUAGCAAAAAUAAACUAUAUUUGUUUAAUUUGGUUGUGAAAAGGUGACUAAAUUUUGUGCUAGUGACUUAUAUUAUUGUUAACUUAAAAUUUUUACCCUCUUAAUAUGACGUCUACAAAUACAUGGAAAAUACAUACACAAAGCAACAUAAAACUAUGAUUGCUAACUAUAAUUAUAAGGGCUAAACUUUAAUUGAGUCUUAGUUGUCAGAAAAAAGAAUUCCAAUUUUCUUUCAAAAUAUAUAUUUCUUUACGGUGUUUUUAUAUCUUUUUUUUAAUACACAAAGAGUACAAUCACUAUUACAUUUUAUAUAGUAUUUUCUUGUACUAUAAGGUUACAGUUUCUUGUAUUCGUUUUGUAACAGAAAAAACAAUAGAAAUAUUAAUACUUUUACUUUUCUCAAGAA